CAGCAACAACAUGUGUAAGCUCUUCUAUCUCGAAAAAAGGGUGCUCAAAAUAUCUUCAGGGCUUGAUGCGAACAGUACUGAGAUAUUCAUAUGUAGAUUUUUGUACGUGCGAAGGCAUAAGGUUUUGCCAGGAGUUGUAAUUUGAACGAGUUUUUUUUCAAAGGGCUAUUUGCGACGAAAUGAGAUGAAGCAGUGAGACGCAGUUGAUCGAAACCGUUUUUUUUUCAUCUCAACCAUUUGAUCUUCAUCUAAACCGUCUGCGUGCAUUGAGGUAACCAUGGACACGGUAGGGAAGAGUUCCGGUGCCACUCGGUCCUCUAGAUCCUCUUCGUUCCUCAGUCAGGGGUCUGGCUCAAUAUUUCGGCCUCGGGAGACCAACCCCUUCAGGAAACAGCUGUCUGGAGGAAGCAGCAAAUGGACGGCGACUCUUCAAGCAGCGACUGCCGCGCUGGCAGGUCGUGGGAGCGAUCGCAGCGCUGCACAGGAGGCCUCAUCAUCAGGGAAGACCGGUCCGAUGGCCUGGACGGAAGACGACCCCAGCAUCACUAGCAGACCCAGAAGGGAGACAUUGUACUUCGGUAAGGGCAUUUCCACGUCCAUGUGGUGGCGGUUCCGUCGUGAGGGUGCGGAGCCCGACUCCAACCCUGUUGGGGAUACCGGUGAAGAGGCUCCUAAGCUCCGGUACGAGAACUCUUACCGCGUGGAACCCAAGCCAGGCUGUCACUUCCGUCCGGACAAAGUUGAGGCCAUUAUGAACGCAGUUCUGGAGGGUGAAUUCAGAGGAAAGGAGUACGCCCCAGCGGACGGCCCAACGGUCGUAAAGAGACUGUCAGAGGAGAUUAAGAACAGGGUGAAACUGCUUGGUUUUAAACGCUAUAGGCUUGUAGUCUUCGUUCAAGUUGGAUCUAUCGAGGGAGCGGACAUGAUGGCCAUCAGCCGCUGUGCUUGGAACACUGAGACAGACUGUUACGCCACGGUGACGUUUCAGAAUGGAUUGGUCUAUGCUAUUGCAACAACCUUCGGAAUAUAUCUCGAUUAGGUUAUUUCUGAAACGCUUAUUGGUCUUAGUCUCAGUUAUAUACGUGAAACCACCCUGGGCCCUUUGAAUGAUAUGGCUCGACCAGGAAAUUGGCGACCUGCCUCUUAUUUUACUCGCCGAGCUUUAAAACAAAAAACAGGAGAUUUCUUCCCUUAAAUGCGAACCUUGAAAGUGAACUCUUGUGAAGCUGUGUGACAACCAUUUCAGACUGGCGUUUUAAAGUCACGCCGAGCCAAAUAAUUUAUAAGAAUAUUAGAAAAUAUUUGGGCUCGGCAAAUUAUGUUGGUGAGAAGUUACACGUUAAGAACGGUUAGGUGCGACUACGUCGAAAGAGCGACUGGCGCAUUGGUUCAGAAUGCUAGAACGUCUUGAUUUUAGAUGCCGCUCUCGUCCAUGAAAAAGUAAUGUACCUGUAUAGACAUCAAGUUAGCCUGCAUAAAGCCAAAGUAAUUCUAACACGAGUGUAGGUCCGGCUUACUCCUGCAGAGAGUGCGAUGGUGAAUUCCAUUAAGACUAGACCCGCAGAUCCAAAAAUAUCCUGAAUUGGUUUACUUUUUAGGAAGAAUAUUAUUAACUCGUGUUAAGGAACUCCUAUUUGUGAAACUAAGCUGGAAUGCUAUUGCAUUCUGGCAAAUUGAAAGUGCCCAGCCAAAACAAAGUGUGGCCUAUACAGUAAUGUUUUUCCAAUUACUUUUGUUUUGAGUGGAGAUAUUUAAGUUCUGUUCAGAGAGAAAAAUGAGUUCACUAGGACUGUGAAUUGCACACUUGUGUAAGAUAACAUUCGAUGGGCUUAAAAUAUUUGGUUGUUUUGCAGCGGCGGAACCGCGACGUUGCAAAAAGGCAGCCACUGCGCACACCCCACACCAAACUCAACAAAAACCAUACAUAGUGCCCCUUGCUAUUUAUAUUAAAAUUGGGGUUGACAUUUUGGACCAACAUUUUUCGGGGAACAACAAUUGUUUUGCCCCCCCCCCCCCAAAAAAAUGUAUUUUGGACCCGCGGCCUUAAUGUUUUACCUGUAAACGAAUCACUCGUCCAAAAAGCAUCGACGGUGCUCAUUCAACACUGCGUUUUUUCAGUUUUGUAUGAUGUCGACUGAAAAUACACAUUUUCUAUCUAAAGCCUUUUAUUGAUAAACCUUUAAGACUGACAUGUUUUUAAAGUAUUCGUGAAACAAUGCAUAAACAAAUACUGUAAAAUGCAGUAUACUAAAGUUACGGGUCGCGAUACCCACAAGUUUGUUUCAAAGAUUGUGUAUUUGUUUGUUGAAACUCUUUACUCAACUUAUGAAAGUCUUAAUUGAGAAUGCGCAGUAUACCAAAGGAUAGUCCGAAUGUCGGGAGAAAUACGGAGGAGUUAAUUUCGUGGUUCGGUUAGCUCAUAAGACGUUUCGCUUAGACAUUCAAUCAUCCUGUUCUGACAACCCCUCCCCCCCCCCACACACUGAUCCGCCCUUAUGUUUUAUGUCCUUGAGGCAGAACAUGAACUAUAUUUUAAGCUCGAGUGCCCCAAGUCAUUUGUCUAAAA